AAUAAUCCCAACACAAACAAACAUUUUCAGUCCUCCACCAACCCACUCUCAAACACUUUCUUUUCCCCCCUUGGAACAGCUGAGCCAAGACGCGAGUAAUGGCGGUGGCAAUGAGCUUUCGUAGAUUGUCUUCCUCCAUUAAGUCCCCAAUCAGACCUCUCUUCAGUGGCAGCUCCCUCUAUUAUAUGUCAACAGCUGCGGCAGAGAAAGAGAAAGCUCGUGCUAAUUGGAUACAUCAGUUGAAUGCUCCGCUAGAGGAAAUCGAUCCUGAAAUUGCUAACAUAAUCGAACUCGAGAAAGCUAGGCAAUGGAAGGGACUAGAACUCAUACCAUCAGAGAAUUUUACAUCCCUAUCGGUAAUGCAAGCAGUGGGCUCUGUCAUGACCAACAAGUACAGUGAAGGGUAUCCUGGUGCUAGAUACUACGGAGGAAACGAAUACAUUGACAUGGCUGAGUCCUUGUGUCAAACGCGUGCACUAGAGGCUUUUGGGUUGGAUCCUGCAAAGUGGGGAGUCAAUGUGCAGUCACUUUCCGGAUCUCCUGCUAACUUUCAGGUUUAUACUGCAUUGUUGAAACCUCAUGAGCGAAUUAUGGCACUAGAUUUACCCCAUGGUGGACAUCUUUCACAUGGUUAUCAGACUGACACUAAGAAGAUAUCUGCUGUGUCAAUAUUCUUUGAGACAAUGCCAUAUAGAUUGAACGAGAGUACAGGUUACAUUGAUUAUGAUCAGCUAGAGAAAAGUGCAGUGCUUUUCAGACCAAAACUUAUAGUUGCUGGUGCCAGUGCUUAUGCUCGCCUUUAUGACUAUGCUCGUAUACGCAAGGUCUGUGAUAAGCAGAAAGCAAUUAUGUUGGCUGACAUGGCACAUAUUAGCGGGUUGGUUGCUGCAGGUGUUAUUCCAUCUCCUUUUGAAUAUGCUGAUGUUGUGACAACCACAACACACAAGUCACUUCGUGGUCCACGUGGUGCUAUGAUUUUCUUCAGGAAGGGAGUCAAAGAGAUUAACAAACGAGGGAAAGAGGUAAUGUAUGACUUGGAAGACAAAAUUAAUCAAGCUGUCUUUCCUGGUCUUCAAGGUGGACCACAUAAUCACACCAUAGCUGGUUUAGCAGUUGCAUUGAAGCAGGUCAGAACACCCGAGUACAAGGCUUACCAAGAGCAAGUUCUCAGUAAUUGCUCGAAAUUUUCUCAGAGGUUGCUGGAGAACGGCUAUGAACUAGUAUCUGGUGGGACCGAGAACCAUUUAGUCUUGGUCAAUUUGCGAAACAAGGGUAUUGAUGGCUCAAGAGUUGAGAAGGUAUUGGAAUCAGUUCAUAUUGCAGCCAAUAAAAACACUGUUCCAGGGGAUGUGUCUGCUAUGGUUCCAGGUGGUAUCCGCAUGGGAACCCCAGCUCUCACAUCUAGGGGUUUCAUUGAGGAAGAUUUCGAGAAGGUAGCUGACUUCUUCGACGCUGCUGUGAAAUUAGCCUUGAAAAUCAAGGCCCAGACGGAAGGAACAAAGUUGAAGGAUUUUGUAGCAACCUUACAGUCGGAUACAAACUUUCAAUCCGAAAUCGCUAAGCUCCGACAAGAAGUGGAGGAGUACGCAAAACAGUUUCCGACUAUUGGUUUUGAGAAAGAAGCAAUGAAAUAUAAGGACUAAAGCGGAUAUCUUUACACACAAUGCAAGGUUUGUCAGCUCUAAAGAACUUCCUAAGCUGGUUGCUGUCUUAUUUGUUGAACGUAAUCUUCUAGAGGCAAACUAUCUUAGAAUUUAUUGAAAUGCCAAAAUAUGCACGUUUGUUUUUAGUAUGAAGGAUGUUAUCUGGGGUUGAGCCGAACUGUAUUCAAACCGUAUGAAACUAUGAGCUUUUCAUUCAAAGUUUGAGACUUGAAGUUCGGCUCAAGCUCGAUCACGUUUCGUUUUCGAAGCUCAAAAUCGAUUCGCGAUUUAAAAAAGAAAAUGAACUGCUCAUGUUUGUUUGAUUAGACUCGAUUAUUGGCUAUUAAAUUCAUGUAUCAAACAAUUCAGUUGAGUUGGAUAGCUAGUUUUACUAUUUAAAAGAUAAUAAAAUAAUUUUUUUA